CCUACCGGCACCCUCUGUCGUGACUCCUCGGUCGACACAGCACAGCAAUCAUGAAGCUGCAACUGCCAAACCCCAGGCUGGAGGACAGGAUAUACUCCUAUGAUGAGCUAGAAAAGAUGGAGAAGGAAGAAGCUGGCGACAGGCCCAAAUGGGACAACAAGGCCCAGUACAUGCUGACCUGCAUUGGCUUCUGCGUGGGAUUAGGAAAUGUGUGGCGAUUCCCUUAUCUGUGCCAGAGCCAUGGAGGAGGGGCCUUCAUGAUCCCUUUUCUGAUUCUUCUGGUCUUCGAAGGCAUUCCCCUGUUGCACUUGGAGUUUGCGAUUGGCCAGCGUUUGAGGAAAGGCAGCGUGGGAGUUUGGAAUGCUAUACACCCCUACCUGGGAGGCGUUGGUAUUGCAUCCAUGAUGGUCUCCUUCCUGGUGGGGUUGUAUUAUAACACCAUUAUUGCGUGGGUGAUGUGGUAUUUCUUCAAUUCCUUCCAGGAGCCUCUUCCAUGGAGCCAAUGUCCACUCAAUGAGAACAAAACAGGUUAUAUUAAAGAAUGUGCCGACUCGUCCCCUGUGGAUUAUUACUGGUACCGGGAAACACUGAACAUCUCUACCAAGAUCGAUGACAGCGGCAGCGUCCAUUGGUGGCUCCUACUCUGCCUGGCAUGUGCAUGGGCUGUGCUUUAUGUCUGCUGCAUAAGAGGCAUUGAAACAACGGGAAAGGCAGUUUACGUCACUUCAACGCUUCCUUAUUUGGUGCUGACGAUAUUCCUCAUCAGAGGUUUAACUCUUAAAGGAUCAGUCAGUGGUAUCAUCUACCUUUUCACCCCUGAUAUUAAUGAACUGGCCAACCCUGCAACGUGGCUGGACGCAGGCGCUCAGGUGUUCUACUCAUUCUCACUGGCCUUUGGGGGCCUCAUCUCCUUUUCAAGCUACAACUCUGUUCACAACAAUUGUGAAAGAGACGCCGUCAUCAUUUCAGUCAUUAAUGGCUUCACAUCCAUUUACGCUGCUACGGUUAUUUACUCCAUCAUUGGUUUCCGGGCAACUGAAAGAUACGACGACUGCAUAAGCGGAAAUAUCGUGACCCUUAUGAAUACUUUUAAUUUGCCUGACGGCAACAUCACAGAAGCCACCUAUGAACAAGCCUUGCAGUCAUUGAACAGCACCUUCCCCACUGAGCUAUCGAACCUGAAUCUGCCAACUUGUGACAUGGAGAAGUUCCUGAGUGAUGGUGUUGAAGGCACUGGCUUAGCCUUCAUCGUCUUCACAGAAGCCAUCACAAAGAUGCCGGUAUCCCCAAUCUGGUCUAUUCUGUUUUUCAUCAUGCUCUUCUGUCUGGGACUCUCCUCCAUGUUUGGCAACAUUGAAGGAGUCCUCGUGCCACUGCAGGAUCUGAAGGUUUUUCCAAAAUCAUGGCCCAAGGAAGCAAUCACUGGUACCAUUUGUCUGGGCUGUUUCCUGCUCGCUAUAAUCUUUGUACAGUCGUCUGGAAACUACUGGCUCGCCCUGUUUGAUGCCUUUGCUGGGUCGAUUCCUUUAUUAAUUAUUGCUUUCUGCGAGAUGGUUGGGGUUGUGUACCUGUAUGGAAUUGACAGAUUUAAUAAAGACAUUGAAUUCAUGAUUGGCCACAAGCCCAACAUAUUCUGGCAAGCCACCUGGAGGGUGAUCAGUCCCCUCAUCAUGCUCUUCAUCUUCCUGUUUUAUUUUGUGACAAAAGUCAACCAAGAACUGCUGUAUAUCGCAUGGGACCCAGAAUAUGUGAAUUUUCCCACCCUGAAGAAACUGGGCUACCCCAACUGGGUUUACGUCAUUAUUUUCAUCUUGGCUGGAAUUCCAAGUCUGUCCGUUCCCAUCACUGCCAUUUUCAAAUGGAUUCGUAACCGGUGCAGAAAGGGAGAGGACCACACACACCUCAUGACAGUCUCCUCGGUGGUAUCUAUGAAGCAGGUGACUGGAGAUAUAUAAAAUUUCACAAUGAACUCUGAUAACAGCCAUCUUUGAUUAACACGAGUGGAGAAAACAUCCUCUGCAUGUAUAGCAUAGAUCUGCACAGAGGGGAAGUUUCAAGGACAAGCUAAAGUUCAUUUUCUUGUUUCGGGAGACCAAACAAAGCCCUCCUGUUUAUGAACUCAUAUUUAGUAACUGCUGAGAGACGUUAAAGAGGCGCAGUGUCUCCCUCACACCCUGGGCAGACUGAAAUAUCUGUUCAGGUGUACUGUUAUCCCACCAAUUUUGCAGAAUUUCCCAUCUUUUUUUUUUUUCCUCCUAAACUUAAAAGUCCUGGAAAUAAACUGUUUACAGAAAUAUUUAUUUAAAUUUGCACUUUCUGGGUUGAUAGAUUACACAAGUUUUCUUUUUAUAUAUUCUCGCUUUGCAUUUAUUGAAAAUCCCUAAUGUUCAAUUGGAAAUUGUUGAAUUAGAAGUGGGUUAAAUAUUUCAUGUUGGACUGUAAGGUUGUAUUUUGUUGGUUUGUUGUUUAUCUCACAUUGUCUUAAAGGUGAAGGAUUAGCAAGCUGGGGACGUAUAGCGUCAUUGAUGAGGCCAGACAUAACCUUAAAAUGCCAUGUCAGACCCGGCCAGCAGUCUUUAAUUGGUUUAUUUCACUCUUUAACUGUGUAUCUACCUGCGUAAUAACAGUGCCAUGUUGAAGCAUUCGAGUGCUCGAUUAAGACGACACGCUUUGGUCAAUAUGUGCGUUGUUAAUUCUCAUGAUGUGGACUGAAAUUCUCUGUUAAGAUCUAAACUUCUCAAGUGUGACUGCCCUAACGGGAAGCCACCUUCACCCUGAUGCUCCCAUGGCUGCCCUUCCUUUCUCUUUUACCAUCUUAUGGCUUACUGGUGACAAAUGCUGGUCACAACUGAGCCAUCACUCAAUAUCACCAUCUCAACUUUCGGCCCUAAAUCUCAUAACAACACAAAAGGGGCUGCACCACACACACACUGGCCGACUUAAAGAGCUGAAACUGGGUGCUUUGUGCCACCAUAUUGAGACAAGAGGGCCACAGGGUGUAGUGGUGGCUCUGAGGCUAGUGAUCUGCACUGGCAAUCGGAAGGUUGCCAGUUCAAAUCCCGUAAAUGCCAAUAGGGAUUCUGCUCUGUUGGGCCCUGGAGCAAAGCCCUUACCCUGCAAUUGCUGGGCGCUUUGAGUAGUGACAAAAGCGCUAUAUAAGUGUAAAGAAUUAUUAUUAUUAGUGGCUUGAAUGUCUGGACUGAAAACUACAGUGCCGGACAAUGCAAGGCUAUUCUGCACUACUGUACUCUUAUUCCAGGACAGGCAGCCCCCUAUUGUUCACACUGGCUUUACUAACUGCCACCUUAACAAGAAAAAGGAACUUAAUGGCGGCACACAAGCCUUAGUCUCCCUCAUGCUGUAUGUGACCCCUGAUCUCAUAGCCCAUUCCAGCUGUUUAAAUAUUAUCAGCUCCUGUUAGGUUAUUUCAGUGUAAGGGACUCUGAGAAGGUUUCAGUAAAGCAUUUAAUUAUUUCUCACACUGUCAAAUGGCUAAUCCUUAAGGAAUUUUUGCCCAUCUGCUCUUUGCAAAUAUCCAUUUUGGGGAAUAUGUAACCUGAAAGUUAAAGAUGCUGACAAUGAACAUGUUUGCUGCUUGUGGACUUAGUAAAAAAAAAAAAAAGAAAGAAAUUAAAAUCACAUUAAAAUCCAUUUGAUGCGUUUUGUGAUCUCCUUAAUCUAAACACUUGGUAUGACAGACUCAGACUAAUAUUGUACAUUCUGUUUUA